UUGGAUUCCAGGCUUCAGAAAGGGACAUUUAAGGUUGAAAGAAGAGAGGCCAAUGUGGACACAUUUACUUGGGUAAGGGAGCUGCUGCCUGAUAGAAGAUGGAACAUGGAGCUUCUCCACAAUUUAUUUACCCCUGAAACUUGUGAUGCAAUCCUGAAGAUUUGCACCUUAGAGCUUACUGCAAAAGAUAGAUGGGUGUCGUGUCUUGAGCUGAAAGGAAAGUUUUCUGUAGCCUCCACUUACUCUAAUUUUAUCUUGGAGAAAAUUCAGAGCCUAGACAGAGCAGAGAGCAGUUCCUCUUCUUUGAGGGACAAAAAUGCAAGGGACAAAGAUGUUGAAACUUGA